AUGGCUUCAGUUAACGACAUUAAUAAUUCUGUAGAGGAUGAUGUUGUAGUGGAUUCAGUGGUAGCUACAGAUGAAUUCAUGCUGCUGGAAGAACGUUCUGGUACGGACACGGUUGUUAUAGAAGAUGCAGAGGUGACAGCGAUCAAAGAAAGGAUGAAGGAGAUGGACGAUGAGGUGAGGAAAUUGAAUGAACUCCAAAGUGAAGUUGAAAAACAAUACAAUAGAAGUGCAACGACGUCAACGGGAUCGGCGAGUCCUCUAAACAUUUCUUUGGAAGAUAAGAUUAAGUCCGAUAACAGCAGUGUGUAUGUGGGGAACGUCGAUUACGGGACGACGUCUGCCCUUCUGGAGGCGCACUUCCAUGGCUGCGGCGCCGUCAAGAGGAUCACCAUACCCGUGAACAAGUUUAAGGGGAAUCCGAAGGGGUUCGCCUACAUAGAGUUCGCUGAGCCUUUGUCGGUGGAGUUGGCCAUGAAGAUGGACGAAUCUCUUUUGCGCGGAAGACAGAUCAAGGUGAUGCCGAAGAGGACUAACAGACCUGGAUUCUCUACCACAAACCGUCCGCCCAGAAGGGGUACACCCGGAUAUCGCGGCAGAGGUUCACGCAGACCCAGCAGGGGCUUUACUGGAAAUUUCGCUUAUCCCCGUGGGUUCGGUGGGAAUAGAGGAAGAGUCAGCCACUUCACACCCUAUUAA